AUGUUUUUCCAGACGCCUCACCUGGUCAACCUGAACGAAGACCCUCUGAUGUCCGAGUGUCUCCUCUACUACAUCAAGGAGGGAUUCACCAGGGUUGGACAGCAGGAUGUGGACAUUAAGCUGUCCGGACAUUUCAUAAAGGAGAUUCACUGUGUGUUUGUCAGCGAGAUCAACGAUCAGGGAGAAGUGGUCGUCACUCUGGAGCCGUUGGUCGGAGCGGAGACGUACGUCAACGGGAAGCAGAUCACCGAAGCUGUCGUCCUCAAACAAGGGAACCGCAUCGUGAUGGGGAAGAACCACGUGUUCCGGUUUAACCACCCGGAGCAGGCGCGGCUGGAGAGAGAGCGCAGCGUCACGGCCGAGCAGCAGGAGGAGCCGGAGGACUGGAACUACGCUCAGAAGGAGCUGCUGGAGAAGCAGGGCAUCGACAUCAAACUGGAGAUGGAGAAGAGACUGCAGGACAUGGAGAUUCAGUACCGGAAAGAGAAGGAGGAGGCUGAUCUGCUGCUGGAGCAACACAGACUGUAUGCAGACAGUGACAGCGGUGACGACUCGGACAAACGCUCCUGUGAGGAGAGCUGGAGGUUGAUCUCCUCCCUGAGAGAGAAACUACCUGCCAACAAGGUGCAGUCUAUAGUGAAGCGCUGCGGUCUGCCCAGCAGUGGGAAGAGGAGGGAGCCCCUCAGAGUCUAUCAGAUCCCUCAGAGGAGGAGGAUCAGCAAAGACCCCAAACGGGUCACCAUGGAGGACCUCCGCAUGCAGGCCGUCAAAGAGAUCUGCUACGAGGUGGCUCUGGGAGACUUCCGUCACUCCCGUCAGGAGAUUGAAGCUCUGUCCAUCGUCAAGAUGAAGGAGCUCUGCCGCAUGUACUCCAAGAAAGACACCAACGAGAGGGAGAGCUGGAGGGCCGUGGCCCAGGACGUCUGCGACACCGUGGGCAUCGGAGAGGAGAGGAGCCCCCCCACAGAGGAGGGAGGAGGGGGAGGGGGAGGAGGAGGAGAGACGGGGGAGGGUGGACAGAAGAAAAACGUGUAUGACCUGAAGGCUCACAUCGAUAAACUGACCGAUAUUUUGGAGGAGGUGAAGCUGCAGAACAACAUGAAGGACGAGGAGAUCAAAGCUCUGAGAGACAGAAUGAUCAAGAUGGAGAGCAUCAUACCUGUGCAGGACGAUGAUGUGAACGGCGAAGAGGGCGAGUCACCUCAGAGGGACGGGGACGGGGACGCCCCCCACAAGCCGGAGGUCAGAGUGAAGCAGCUGAUGGACGAGGACCCGGCGUUCAGGAGGGGACGCCUCCGCUGGCUGAAACAGGAGCAGCAGCGAAUCCUGAACCUGCAGCAGCAGAACAUCACCAAGAAACUGCGGGGACAAAACCAAACCCAGGGUCCGAACUCCCCCGUUGUCCCCGUUCAUCUCCCUGGAACCGGCCGCUUCAUCCCUCCACAGGAAUGCAAGCUCAAGUUCCCCUUUAAGAGUAACCCCGCCCACAGGUUGUCAUGGGGACCAGCCAGUGCCGCCCUGCAGGCUCUGGGUCUGGGGGAGGGAGGAGGAGGAGGGGAUGGGGGAGAGCAGAGGGAGGAAGGAGGAGGAGGAGUGGAGGGUAAAAGCUCUCCCUCACCUCCUCCUCUCCUUCAGGGUCCAUCUCCUGGUCUCUUGCCCCUCCCCUUUGUGCCCCCGCCCCCUCGCAUGCGCACCCCCAGCCCUCAUCGCGCCUGGCAACAGCGUAACCAAGGCAACCAGGGUAACCAGGGCAGCUUCUUCUACCACCACCACCAGGGCAACAACCAAAACCAGCAGCGCCGCUACCGCCGCAACUCUCUGGACAGCUCCACCCACGGCAGCAGCAACUACGAAAACGACCAGCAUCACGGCGGCGGUGGUCACCAGGGGCGACCGAGACAGAGGAGGGGGGUGUCGCCCGGGCCAGGAGGGGAGAGAGGAGGUGGGAGAGUAGGAGGAGGAGGGAGGGACAGAGACAGAGACGGAGGCUUUAAUUACCAUCAACACCAGCACCAUCAGUACCAUCACCAUCCCUACUUCAACCCCCACAAUGCACCAUUCCAGCCAGGACCUCACCCCAACUACCACAGCCUGCCGCGCUCCGGGAUCCCGCCCCCUCCGCCUGACAUGCUGUUGCGGGUGGCACCGCCGCAGGGGGGGUGGGGCUUCACCACCCCCCCUCGGAUGAGACGGCAGUUCAGCGCACCGGACCUCAAAAACAACAACAAGGAGACCCCCAUCUGACCUCGGACCCCAGGGAGGUCUCUGAUUGGCUACGGGACACACGGCGGUCCUGAUGCUGUAGAGUACCGUGUGUGUGUGUGUGUGUCAUCCCGUCACACACCAACCAGCGUCACACACGUCCUGUAUCUUCAAUCCUGCUGUGUGUGUGUGUGUGUGUGUGUGUGUGUGUGUGUAGCGCCUAGCCUUUACGUUAGCAUGGGUUAGCUGUUUUAGGAAAAGUGGAUUCUUUUAGCUAGUUUUUUUUUUUAGCUGGUUGUCAAACAGGAUGGAAGUUCAUUACUUAAUGAUUUAGUUUUAUUGAUUUCAUUGAUUGCUGAUAUUCUUGUCUCGGUCAUUUAUAACGAGGUGCCUUAAAGCCGAAGUGUUAGCCCACGCGGCUAGCUACUGUUAGCAGAAGUCUCCUGUUGAAGCUGUUUUUUACUUAAAGAUGGAGUAUGUUGGUUUGUUUAUCCUGGGCAGGAUGGAUGUUUGUUUUUAAACGGACUCUCUUUUAGCCGCUGUUAGCCCAGGAGGCUAACUAGCCCGGUUCAGCCUGAGAGGUCUGUAUUAGCUUGGGCUAGUCAGAUAGCCUGAGCAGGGAGCAAUGAGUGGUUAUUUAGCUUUCCAGGCUAAUACGUUGCACAAGGCCCAAGUUUAGCACAGGUGAAAGUAUUAGCUUAGCCUAGCCUAGCUUGACCAAGGCAGCAUUCAUGUUGCAUGGGAAGUGCGUAACACGCUGAACUCAGGUUAACCAAUUUGAUAGAUAAUUAUCUUUAAUUAGAAGCAGUUUUUAUAGUAACAGACAUAUUUGGGUGUUUCCGUGUUACACCAGUGGAGCUUGACCACGCCCCUUUCACCUGUAAUAAGCAGUGAUUGGCUGCAGAAUGAGAGUGCCGAUGAGGGACUCUAGAAGCUCGUAGUUCCCGUCUCUCCCAUGCGACUUGAAUGCUGCGUCGCUGAGUGCUACAAACCAAAGAGCGCUGCUCGGUGGCGCCUCCUGCAGGAGAGCAGAGAGCUGACGGCCAUACUGCUGUACAAACAGACAGACAGGUGAUCAGUGAAGAAACGCCUUCGGCAAACGUUAUUCCUUAAAACUUAGUAGACGCUAUUUAAAAGUUACUAGUACUUAUUUAUUAGUCACGAGUAACUAUUUUUUAGUUACUAGUAAAUAACUGCACAUUUAUUUUGCCGUUGAAAUCUAUGGAGCUUGUGAAUAAAACAGAGGGAGGGAUGUUUUGAAAUGUUUUUUUGUUUUGUUAUGAAAACAGGGACACUGGGCUGCUGAUCAAAUCAUCAGUGCUGUGGGCGGGACAUUGAGCAUUGUUUGUUUGUUUUAAGUCAUCUUUAUUGCAGAAAUGGGGUUACAAUUCAGAUGUGACUUACAAAGAUAAACAUAAUAAUACACAAAUACAGAUAAAUGAUAUAAAGAUUGCCAGGGGAAGCUUAAAGGCUGUUACAAAGAGAGAGAGGACCAUAUGUUGACAGUUUUAAUUGCCUUUUUGUUGUUGGAGCCAGAAAUCAAAUUAAUAUAAAGCACAACUUCAUGGAGAAAAAGUACAAAAUUAGAUUUUGUACUGCUGAAUUUACAUUCAUGAAUGUGGUAUUUUGCCAACAGAAUUACUAAAUUUAUAAUGAAGCACAUAUUUUCUUCACUUUGACUACUAUAAAAGCAAAAUACCACAUUGUCCCACAAUGAGGUAAAGUCUUUAUAAAUAGGGUCAAUGAUGAAUCUGCUGAAGCAGAGUGGUGAUUACCUACAGACAGAGACCAAAGCAGCGCAUUUUUAAAAUAAAUGUAACCCUAAUGUGAUCCGUUGCAUCAUACUGAAGUAGCACUGAUCACUGUUGAGGGGGGAUAAAUUUUGUCACACUGGGGAUAAAAAUAAUUCAGCAGAGGCAAGGAUAUAAAGACCAGAAAGGGGGAAAUCCCACGCAUCCCCCUGGCAAAUCUCACCGCGGUUACUAGUAUUAAUGGUAUCCUUUGUACUAGUAAUAAUUUAUUCGAUACUAGUACUUUAUUUUUAUUUACUUGAAACUUUUACAAUAGUUAUUAACAACUAUUUUGUUGUUUCUAGUGACUAAUUGCACUUUUUUUGCCAUUGAAAUCUAGGUGGCUCUGCAGUUACUAGUAACUAAUUAACUAGUUACUAAUCUAUUCAUUAGUUACUAGUAACCUUUCCAAAAGAUACUUGUAACUAAAAAUAAUAGUAAAAUGGAAAUAGUUACUAACUAUUCAAUUAGUUACUAGUAACUGUUUGAAUAGUUGAUAUCUGGACUGCAGAGCCAAAUAGAUUUCAAUGGCUAAAAAAUUGAAAUUAGUUACUAGUAACUAAAAAAAUAAGUACUAGUACUUUUGAAGUGUUAAGGAAUACACGUUGAAACGUCUUGCCAUAGACCGUCUGAUUCAGAGGAAGGUUUGAGGAGAGGAAGACGAGGAGGUGUUGUGGUGUUGGGACAGACCCGCAUGUUGAAUCUUUUUAAAGCGUUGUGUGUGUAUAUUUGAAGUGUAAACUGACUUAAUUUUUCUUGACGUUUUUUAUGAAGAUGAAUCUAUUUUAAAAAACGGGCUGCGAUGUGUGAAACAUGCUCGCCGUCUCUGGCAAUCGUGGGAAAUAGUAGUAAGUGAUAACGGGCAUGUGAUGCUUAGUGGGAGAUGUAGGAAUACUGACUUAUUUAACUGACAUGGGAGAUAUAGGAAUCAUGAUGGAUUGUAGUGUAAGUAGGGUAAGCAAGGAACUCUGGGAAAUGUAGUAUGCGACAUGUUGGGGGGGAGAGAAGGUUGAAGAGAGAAAUCUGAGAUACAAUAAGCUUUGUGUUUGAAGUACAGACACUACGACAUGUUCUGUGUGACGUUAAAAGGAUCUGACACUACUUAAUAUUUAUGUUCACGCACGUGACAAGAAGAGACGAGGAAUAAACUGCUGCCUUCAUGAGACAUCGGGAAGUUGGAAAUUGUGGCUCUUUUUCCUAUUUGAGUCUAUUAAAGUCACUUUAAAGGGCAAUUUUUUCCACAUAAUGACUUGAUACUUGUGAGGAAAAGGGCCAAAGGGAGUUUAAACAUUUUUUAAGGCUGCAACUGUCAUUUAGUUUAGAAAUGUCAAAGAAAAGAGAAAAUGCUCCUGACAGUUUCUCUAGGCCAUCAUCUUCAGAUGGUUUGUUUUGAGUCAAAACUCCAAAAGAUUUCUAGUUUAAAACGAUAACUUGAUAAAUGACUCGACAGAUUAAUCAUGAAAGUCCUUGCUGAUUGGUUUUCCGUCUGGUUCUGGAGGACUCACUGAGCAGAACAUCAGCAGAGAUCUUCAAAUGGGUUUUGGUUGUUGUGUUCACUGCACCUCUGGAAGAACGGACGCUGAAACAACAACCAUCCUGCCGCAAAUUUCCAACUUCCCUCGUCAAACUGAACGCGGCGUCAGCUUAGUCCGUGUUGGAGCAGCCAUGUUUACUGUCAGGAGGAGCUGGGAGUUGGCGGCACUGCCUAAAACUCCCGCCCCCCGCAGAGCAAGGCAUUGUGGGAGAUGACUAGUGGAGCGUCCGUGUGUGCUCCCUGACUGUAAGACCUUUUCACAAAAGGUCAGAACCAACCAAUAGGAGCGCUCCUUCCGGCUGCACAGCCAGGUGGAGGGAGUCGCCACGAUGAUGAUGAUGAUGACGAUGACAAAAACACAAGAAUUGAUUGUGAUUGGCCCCGAGAAGCAUGACAUCAGCAGGAUUUUACUUCUGCCUUGUUUUGCUCUGCUGCCUCUGGAAUCGACCAAUCACAGGACAAUCUUGAUAACCUGCUGCCACCGCCAGGCUUGAUGGGAAACAACGUUUCCUUUUUAUAUAUUUUUUUUUUCCAGUUUGGGCCUCUGAUUGGCUGUUUCCUUUCUUAGUGUAUUCAUUUGCUUCUUGUAUUUUAACCCCGCCUACAUGUUCGACCUUUGCUUUGUGAUGUCACCACGUCACCAUUAUUAAUAUAAUUAUUAUAAAGUGUCAAUAAUAUUGGGUUCUUUUUGGAUGCUGCUAAAGGGAGCUUCUUCGCCCUCGUGCAACUGCCUGAGUGUGUCCGUGUGUGUGUUCGAGUACGUUGGACGUCAGAGUGUGUGUUUGUGUGUUUCUGUUAAUUUAGACUCAUAAUCUAAAGUUUGUUUUACUUCAUAAAGCUGAUUUUAUUGUUUUUCUUCUAAUCGUCUGUUUAGUUUUGUUGUUUUGGAGGUUUGAGGAGGAGGAGGGCCCUCACUCACUGGCCCCGCCCAUUCCCUCCGCCACCAAUCACCACUCACCUCAGAAUCUGACAGCGUGAUGUCACUUCAGGACUCAUAGACAUUGGACAUGAUGACAUCGAGGUCUAGCCCUCCUCCUCAGCUGUUUCUGUGUCUGCGUUGGGUUGUUGUGUCUGUUGUUUUCGUUGUAUCAGGAACCAAUCUCAGGCUCUACCUGCAGACAACAUGAUGGCAAUAAACUGUCAGUGAGGAUGAAAAACCUGAA